AGUCUAGCAAAACAAACUUUUUAGUUUGUAUAAUUUCAUACAAUGAGUGUUUCCAUUAUUGUUUUCGCAACGAUUUUCGUAAAAAUACUUACAGUGGAAGGGUGCAAAAGGAAUGGUCAUUGCUGCCUUGGAUACACAUGGGACAUCCAAACAAUGUCAUGCAAAAGAACAUCAUGCAUUAAAGGGUACACUGGGCUUUUAUGCGAUAAAAAAUGUCCAUUCCCGACGUUUGGAAAGGAAUGCCAAAGCACGUGCAGCUGUGGUUUUGAAACUUGUGAUCACAUCUAUGGAUGCAUUGCUGAACGUGAGUGUCAGGAUGGAUACUUUGGUCCAAACUGUAGAAAGAUUUGCCCAUAUCCAACGUUUGGAAAAGAUUGUCAACUGGAAUGCAAUUGUAGCAAAACACUGUGCAGCCCACGGCUUGGUUGUAAAGAUAAAUUCCUCAUUUCCAUUAAAUCGACGCCAGAAUGUCUAACAUUUGAGCAAUCUGUUUCAACUGAAACUUUAUUUGUAAAAAGUACAUCGACUAGUAGGGUCAUCACAAGCGACGGACAUUUCACCAUCACUGUCAUUUUAAUCUUCACAAGCAGCGCAGUUUUUGUGGCACUAGUGUGUUCUUUUGUUUUUUGUUGUACAAAAAAUAGAAGGCAUGGGUCUCAGCAAGAAAGCCAAAUAUCAGCAGAUGGUGAUUUUGGAUCAAAACAAAAUGUGGGAACGUCGAAAGAAGUUCCAAAUGAAAAGAGGUAUACUCUUCGAGAAAAUCUGACAACACAUUCAAAAAAUGUAGAGAACGAAAAUCUCUCACAUUUACAGGAACAAGAAUUGUACUUAACACCACAAUUCGAAAGAGAUACUGAUGAUGGUCACAACCAAAACGAGAUUUACCUUACUGUUUUAUAAUAAAAAAAUUAAUUCUAAACAUAAUAGCGAAAUUUAUAAGAUAGGAAAUAUGAUAAUUAUACAUUAAAUAUCUAAGGAAAAAACAUGGUAUUUCAAGAAUGUAUGAGAAAAGGACCGGGAAUACUAUGUGCUCUUAAUAUUUUAAAAGAAAACUUUUAAAUUGAGUUUUAGGAUUGUAAUAAACUAUUUUUCAAGUGUUUUCGCUUAUGACGUAUUUCAUGGAAGCGGUAAAUACAUGUAUACGUAAUAACUGGUGUACGUUAUAUCCGAAACCGGAAAUGUCCAAGAUCAUAGUGAUUGCUCAGAACCAGUUCAUUCAUUGAUUUUGACAACUGUCAUCUGCCGAUCAUUGGGUUCAGACAACAAUGCAUUUCAUCCUUGUUAGUUUUUAAAAUAAAUUUCAGGGCAUGCAUUAGACCUGUCACCAGUCUAGUACACUCUGCCUGCAAUUUGCUGUAGACCGAAUUUUAAUUAAUGACGCACCGGCAUCGGUGCACAUUCAAAUUAAGAUGUCUAAUUUUAGAAUUAGUAUUACAUGUAAUGCCCAUACCCUGAAAUAAAAAUAAAAGUACAUUC